AUGAGGGGCAUCCCCCCACCGCCUGCAAGCUCCUCAACCUUCCCCUACACAACCUCCCAAACCCCGGCAUUACAUCCCCAACCCCUCAUCCUUUUCUUGCCUCCAACCUCCUGCUCCCCAACCUCCCCUAAAAUCACCCCUCCCACCCUUAAUGUUAUUCCCACGGCCCCUGAACAUCUUCCCCUGCCCCUAUACAUAUUUCCACGACCCCUAAGUUCAUUCCCCACACCGCCAGUAGUUCCUGUUUUACUAGUGGAAAUGGGAACCCACACCAAAGAAUCGCCCGUUGAAGAAGAAGACAUGCAAACCGAAACUCCGUCAGAAGCUUCUAUUUUUCAUGUCGAAGUAGGUACUCAAACAGAAUAG